AUGUAUUUAUUUCAUUCAGAUCCAGCUGCAAAUCUAAGUACAUCCAAUAGUUUAUCAUCAUUACCAACAAAUUUUAUGGAUACUCAACAUAAUUUACGUCAAUGGCUUGAAGGUGUUGAACAAUCAUUAUUAACAGAUAAAGUUCGUGUUGUUGAUCUACAAGCUAUUGGUGCAAAAAAGAAAAUUUAUAAAGAUUUACUUGAUCAAACAUUAGAACAAGAAAUAAGUAUGGAACAAUUAAAUAUGACUGCAAGAGAUCAUUAUCCUAAAUUAGCUGUUGAUACAAGUCGACGUUUACAAGAAGAAUUAAAAAAUUAUCAAGAUCGUUUAUAUGAUGUAAAAAUGUUUUUAAGUGAACGUUUAGCUAAAUAUAAUCGAGUUGAUAAAACAUUAAGUGAUUUCGAAAGAAGUAUUGAUGAAGUUAAACUUUGGAUACGUAAUGUUCAACCACGUUUAAAUGCAACAGAUACUUCUUAUUCAGAUUCACGUGUACUUGAAAAUCAACUUGGUCGUAGUCAGAUUCUUCAACAUGAAAUUCGUGAAAUGCAAAUAACUAUUAAUCGUUUAAAUAAAGAUGUGGUUGAUUUAACUCAAGAUGCCGAUGAAAAUUUAGCUCGAAAAUUACGUGAAGAAAUGAGAGAAUUAAAUGAAAGUUGGAGUCAUAUUAUAAGUUCAACAAAAGUUAAUUCAAAAAAUAUUCAGGAUGCUUUGAAACGUAAUAAAGUUUUACAAGAAGAAAUUCAAGAAUUAGAAGAUUGGAUUACGGAUAAAGAACGUGAAGCACCCGCUGAUGAUGGACCAAUAUUUUAUCAAGAUCAACUUCGUGAACGUCUUGAUCAAUACCAAAAACUUCAGACUGAACUUAAUCUUAAAGAACAUACAGUACGAAAUUUAGUUCUUCAAGGUCGACAAGAUUUAAAUAAUCCAUCUCCAUCGGCACCUGAAUUAGCUCAAAAUUUAGAAACACUUAUUUCAAAUUAUACAAAUUUACAAAAAAAAGUCGAUACAAAAGUUAUGUUUUAUACAGAUAUUCAUGAACUACAUGAAGACUUAAAAAAUUUAUUACAUCAAGAAAAUGUUUGGCUUGAUGGUUUACAAAAUAAAGUUUUUUCAUCAUCAAAUAAUGGUGCUGAUGCUGAAGAAAUUUCCGAAGAACUUGAUACUCUUGAACGUUUUGUUAAAACUCAUUCAAAAACAAAUUAUGAAAAAAUGUUUGAAAUAUCCGAUCGUCUUCAAGCAACUAAAGUCUCUAUACCAGCAACAAAUAGUCAAUUAAAUCAAUUUCGUAUACGUUGGGAACAAUUACAUGAUGAUGCAUUUAAAAAACUUCAUACAUUAAAUUCUCAAAUCUCUGAUUAUCAACAUAUGGGUCAUCAAAUAACAGCUAUGUUUGAAUGGAUGAAACAUACAGAUAACACACUCAAUGCAAGAUUAAAAGAUGAUGUUUAUGCGGAUGAUGUACCAGGCGAAGCUGAAAAAUUAAUUAUUGAAUUCAAUCAAUAUGAAGCAUUUUUACGUAGUAUUGAUGAUAAAAUUCAUGCAUUAAGAAGUACAGCAAAAACUGAAGCUGCAAAACGUCUUGAACAACAAUUAGUUUUAUUACGAAAUCAAUUUUUACAAUUACACAUAAAAUUCCGACAAUUUCAAAAACCUUCCGAUUUUGAACCAAAAUUUGCUAAAAUGCGUCAAAUUUUAAUUGAAAUUGAACAUAAUGUUCAUAUACUUGAUGUACGUUCCGAUGAUCCAGAUGUUAUUCAUAAUCAAUUAGAAAAUUGUCUAAAACUUUAUAAAACAUUAUCUGAUAUUAAAUCUGAAGUUGAAUAUGUUAUACGAACAGGACGUGGUAUUGUUGAAAAGAAACAAAGUGAUGAACCACAUGAUUUAACAAGACAAAUUGAUCAGUUGAAAGCUCAAUAUAAUAAUCUUGGAUCCAAAGUAUCAGGAGCAAAAAAUCAAUUAGAUAGUAUUGAACGUCAUUUACGAAAAUUUCGUAAAGAAUAUUCUCAUAUUCAUGAAUGGUUUGUUAAAGCAGAUAAUGAAAUACGUAAAAUUGAAAAUAAACAAAUAUCAAAAAAUACGAAAGAAGAAAUUGAUUGGAUACGAGCAACACGAAAUGAUAUUAAAAAACUUGAAGGAAAUUUUGAGACAUUAAAAAAUUUAGAACGUACAAUACAAAAAGAAGCUGAUCGACCAUUAACUAGUCUUCAUGAUAAAGCAAUUGAAUUAAAAAGACAAAUUGAUCAAUUAGAUCGAAGACUUAAAGAUCGAUCGGAAAUUGUUGAGGUAAAUAAAUAA